AUGAAACUUUCACUGCCAACAUGUUUGCUGCUCCUCUCUUGCUACCAAUUAGCCUUGCUCUCCAUAUCAUGCAAUGCUAAUCACCAAAUUAACAACCUCAAUAAGUUGAUUAAGUCUCGCAAAUCCGGGACUAAUCCUCCUCAUGAUCGUAAAUUGUGGGUUGGCUUAGAUGAUGUAGAGGACUCUUUUUCUCCGGUGUACGUUGGCUCCCAACAUGGGUUGAAGGAAGCUGAUAAAAUUGAAGCUUUGCCCGGCCAACCAGCUGGAGUAAACUUUGAUCAAUAUGCAGGCUAUGUUACUGUGGAUCCUAAAGCUGGGAGAGCUUUGUUCUACUACUUUGUAGAGUCACCCCAUAAUUCUUCAACCAAACCUCUAGUGUUAUGGUUAAAUGGAGGACCAGGAUGCUCGUCGCUUGGAUAUGGAGCCAUGGAAGAACUUGGACCGUUCAGGGUCAGCAGUGAUAACAGGACGCUAUACCGUAAUGACUACGCUUGGAACAAGGUGGCAAAUGUGAUCUUCUUGGAGUCUCCAGCAGGAGUUGGGUUCUCAUAUUCCAACACAUCAUCGGACUACGAAAGCGUGGGUGACAAGCAAACGGCAAAGGACUCUUACACAUUUCUUGUAAAUUGGCUAGAGAGGUUUCCUCAGUAUAAACCCAGAGAUUUCUUCAUCGCUGGAGAGAGCUAUGCUGGCCAUUAUGUGCCUCAACUUGCUCACACCAUUCUCUCACAAAACAAAAUCACCAAUCAAACAAAAAUUAUCAAUCUCAAAGGCAUUGCAAUUGGGAAUCCUUGGGUGGAUGAUUAUGACGGUGAUAUGGGAGUUUAUGAUUACUUGUGGACACAUGCUUUGAACUCUGACGAAACUCAUGCAGCAAUACACAAGCAUUGUGCUGACUUUGCUUCCGAUAAACCCUCCGACACAUGUCUUAAAUAUCAACUCCGAUCAGACCGCGAGUGCGGAGACAUUUACAACAUCUACGCUCCCCUCUGCAGAAUAUCAGAAUCCAAAUCUGUCUCAACUGGUUCUGUUCAUCAUUUCGAUCCAUGCUCUAGUAAUUAUGUGGAUGCGUAUCUAAAUCUUGUUCAAGUGCAAUCAGCUCUUCAUGUUAAAGCUACGAAUUGGUCAGCUUGCGGUAAUAUUGGAUGGACGGACAGCCCAGUGUCUCUUCUACCCACAAUAAAGCAGCUCACAGCCAGUGGGAUAAGUUUUUGGAUAUACAGUGGAGACACUGAUGGGAGAGUACCAGUCACAUCUUCCAGAUACUCUAUAAACAACCUUAAGCUGCAGCUCAGGACUUCAUGGCGGCCAUGGUACUCCGAUGGCGAGGUUGGAGGAUAUGUGAUUGGGUACAAAGGGUUGACAUUUGCCACAGUGAGGGGAGCUGGGCACAUGGUUCCUAGCUAUCAACCACAGAGAGCGCUAACCUUGAUCUCAUCCUUCCUCAAGGGGGAGCUUCUUCCUUCCUCUUAA